AUGGGGAUGACAUUAAAAUUAUCAAUUCAAAAUUUUGAUGAUUUUAAAAGUGUUGAUGACAAUUUGUUUAAACAAUAUUAUUGGGUAUCUAAAAACGAUUUCUUCAAAUUAUACAGCCUCAUUGCACCACCAGAUCAAGUAAACAAUGAAUUAUUUUUAAAAUUGUUGCUAUUUUUCCUUUAUAUCAAAAAGUACCCAACCAUGCGUUCACUUUCAAUAGAAUGCAACAUUGAUCAAUACACAGCAAAACGAUACUUGGAUGAAAUUAUUGGUUUGUUAUCAUUUCAUUUUUUAUUAAAUACAACAAUUAGCCAAUUAAAUAGAAUUAGCAGUGAGCCAAUUAGUAUUAAAUCAUAUAAUAAUCCAAUUAGUAAUAAAAAAUAUAGAGUAAAUGGUUUUGUUUCAGCAACUUUUUUUCCAAUAUCAACUUAUUCGACAUGCGGCGAUCAAAUUAAAUAUUAUUCACAGAAACACCAAACAAAUGGGAUUAAAGUAUUAUCAAUAGUAAAUAUUAAUAAUGGCGGGGUUAGUUUUGUUUCCAAAAAUUCUUACUUUGGAUCAACAAGAGAUUUUAAUAUCGCAUUAGAAUCAGGUGUAUGUGAUGUUUUUCAAUUAGAAGAAGAUGAACGAAUAUUGGGUGAUUUUGGGUUUUCGAACAGACCAGAUAAAUUUAUAUGUUCGAAUAUUGUUGGUAGUGAGGAUAAUCUAAAUAAUGGAAUGGGCGCAUAUCAUAUAGAGACACCAAUAGACAAGGCAAAAAAAUCAUUGGACAUUUUAAAUGAAGGAUACAGGGGUGAUACAAAAGAAUUUGAAAAAAUAAUUUAUAUAAUUUUCAAUCUUUUAAAUUUAUUUUUAAAAGAUGAAUCAAUUUUAAAAGCAAAAGAGGUUUUAUUAAAAAAUGGUACAUCAAGUGAAUUGUUAGAAUAUGGCGGAAAACCAAUUUCAUUUGACAGUAGAAUGUUUUUAAGAACCCCUCUAGGUAAAAAUGUAGUAACACUUCCAGAUAAUCAAGUACCAACUGUUAUACAAUCAGAAAAUUCCUCAUCAUUGUCAACAAGAGUAACCUUUUCUUCUCUUCCAAAAUCAAUUAUAGCGAUUACACCAAAAGAAUCUGAAAUAACAAAACCACUUGUAGACCCAACAACCACUUCCACCAUUUCCACCACCACUACUACAUCCACCACCUCAAAUACAGUCAUAAUAACAACCACUACAAUUGAUAAAAAUCCUGGUGGUUUCUUUAGAGGGCCAGAAACCUCUUCAUCGAUACCAACUGUAGCGUCUAUAAAGGGAAUUAAUGUCAAUUCAGUACCAAAGGUAGCAAAAACAAGCAAUUCAAUUGAUAGGAAUGUUCCAAAUAGUUUUUUUAGAAGAAUAGACCCAACUCCCUCAUUCAGAGUCAACUUACCUGUUAAUGUUGCGGCUCCCUCAAAUCUAUCUGACCAUAGAAAGUUUUUAAGAAGUGCUUAUCGUGGUUAA